GGGUUAUCUGGGGGUUAUCAGGCUAUCUUGGGAGGCACGCGGCCGCGGGCGGGUGCAUUCCAUACAGUGCCUAGUACAUACACGACCUUGACCGCCGUGGCCUCGGCACCAUUACUCUACCAUCGAACAGGCAUUGAAACUGCUGUUCACUCAGUGAGGCAGGGCUGAUUCUACUGGCCAGCUGUUGCCGCGAUACCGUAGCCGACGACCGCCAUGGCGAGCACGACGACCGUGAUGGACCCGUCCAAGUGGAAGAACCUGCCUCCGCCGCCGGGCUUCAGUGCGCUGCAAUCCUCGCACAAGUCGCAGCCCAAGUCCUCGCAGACAUCCAAGCAGUCCUAUGAGAGCCUGAAGACAAAACGCGCAUGGGACUUUGCCAUCUCCCCGGCGAAGUCGCUCCCCAUGCAGGCAUUCAUGCUCUACAUGUCCGGGGGCGGCGUGCAGAUCUUCAGCAUGGGCAUCGUCUUCAUGCUCCUCAGCAGCCCGUUCAAGAACCUCGCGACCAUGAACACAGCGUUCGCCCCCUUCGCGCCGAGCUCAGCGCCCCCGAAGGCAUUCUCGACGCUCGUGCUGCAGAAGGUCGUGUACAUCCUGUGCAGCAUCCUCACACUGGCGUUAGGGUUGUGGAAGUGCCGUUCAAUGGGCCUGCUCCCGACGGGCACCGGGGACUGGCUCGCGUUUGAGACCAGAGGGCAGCCCGUUCCGGGGACCUCUCCUAUCGUUGCUCGAAAGCUUCACUGGCAGGUGACAGGCUACGGGGCCGACGGAGAAUAA